CUCUGAAACGCCCAUGACUUCGCAUCGGAAUUAACCAUUGCAAGCCAUCACUGCAUUUUCACAUGUUUAUUGGUCUUCUCGCUGACAUGAUUACAAACCCACACGCUUGUUGACAAGUCUUGCAGAGACUUCAUCUCGAGUUCUGUUGCCAUGGCCCCAGCCCCAGCCAAUGACUGAUGAGGCAAGAGAGCAGCAGGAAGCGGGCGAGCGGAGCUGUAGUGUGCUGGAGUCUGCACGUGUGUGUGUGUGUGUGUGUGUGUGCGCCCUUCUGACGAUGAGCAGCUCGGCCUGGCCUUCAGCAGAGCAGAGCCGGAGUCGGGCCUGGUGCCGCCGCAGCAGCAGCCUGGGCCUCGCCUAGCCCACCCAUGCCUGUGAUCCCCAUCCCUCGGCGGGUUCGCUCCUUCCACGGCCCCCACACCACCUGCAUGCACUCGGCCUGCGGCCCCGCCCGCACCGCCCAGCUGGUGCGCUCCAAGUACAACAACUUCGACCUGUACCUGAAGUCGCGCCUGAUGUACGGCUUCGUGCGCUUCCUGCUCUACUUCGGCUGCAGCCUGUUGACCUCCCUCCUGUGGGUGGCGCUGUCCGCGCUCUUCUGCCUGCAGUACGUGGGCGUGCGCGUCUUCCUGCGUCUGCAGUACAAGCUGUCCAUCAUCCUGCUGCUGCUGGGCCACCGGCGCCUGGACUUCAGCCUCCUCAACGACCUCUUCAUCUACAGCAUGCACGUCACCAUGUUCCUGGUGGGAGGCCUGGGCUGGUGCUUCAUGGUCUUUGUGGACAUGUAGGUCUGCCGGACGGACGCGCACAAGUGGACACAAGAGUCUCGCUCUGCCGGACGGACGCACACAAGUGGACGAGUGUCUCUUGGCAGUGGGGGGGUCACGUGAUGUGGAGGUGUUCGGGGAAAGCACGCUGAUCUCAUACUGUGUCCUAAAGGGAAACUCCAACAGGGCUGUGUGUGUGUGUGUGUGUGUGUGUGUGUGUGUGUGUGUGUGUGUGUGUGUGUGUGUGUGUGUGUGUGUGUGUAUGUGUGUAUGUGUGUGUGUGGGGGGGGGUUCCAUCAAAAUUGGCAUUUUCCCAGGGUGCUUAAAAACAUUCUACUGAAGAAAACAAUACAGCGUGUCAUUUGUGAAAGAGUGACGGUACCCUUUAACUCACAACCCAUCAGAACCGGAUCAGUGUGCUGUUCCCACUGGAGGAACGCGGUCGGAACAUUUUUUGAGCUCAGAACACAAGAAGCCCAGAAUAAAGUCCACAAGUGGCCAUGCAGAGCAAGACUGCGUCUCUCAGCCCAGGAGCCCAGGGGAGAGAUCUGUGGCGUGCAUUCUGGAAUCAGUCUCUGAAUGACCACGGGGGGCCAUGAAACCUCACAGAUGCUCUGGCCUUGAUGACAUAAAAAUGAAAUACGGUGCACACUCCACACCACGAUCAGUGAAACAUGUGGAGGCCUGUCCCAGAUGUUGCCAAGCCAUUCUGAACUUCUGGCAGCUGAAGUAAACACUAAAAUGUUGUUACCGUGACCGUUGCUGAAGCCUUCUCGGGUGUCGAAAUGCUUUUUGUCUUAAUUUUAAACGUCCUAUUCUUUAUGUCCUAAGAGGAUCCUUCGUCAUGACGGCCAUUUGGAAGGAGAAGUGUGCUUUUGCUAUCUUUCUUUUUUACAUUUCUGCUUAUUUUGACCGUUUUAUUUUUUUUUUACCAGUAAUAAAAUUCAUUUGUAUGUAUGUUCAGAUGUCUAAAUGCUCUCUGGGGCCCUGCGUGUGUAUACUAUACACAGAUGAACGUGUACUUCAACUUAUUGAUUAUUUAUUUUGUUCUUUUUUUAACCUUCAGUAAUGUGGAUGGUUUAUAUUCGGUGCAGUGGAACAACGUGUGUGUUUUGUGUGCGGCUCCUGAGUGUUCCGUAGUGCGCUGUUUAGCGUCCGUGUGGCCAAUAUGGCCCUCAUCAGAACGCUGCACUGUCCCCUGGCUGCUUCCUGAAAGCUUGGCAUUGUGGCCGCAGUAGCCCAGCGUCACAUGCUCGUUGAAGGCCUCAUUCUAAAACAGAUUGUUACCCCCUUCAGACUUCUGAGACCAGUAGCACCAUGCCCAACACACACACACACACACACACACACACACACACACGGCGUGUGCAGCACCAAGCGGAGUGGUGUGAUGCCCAUGGCAUUACGCGUCCAGCGCUGGCCAGCGCCCAGUGUGUGGCGCACAAGUGCCCUUUGUUCAGGGAUCAAGACAUCAUAUGCCUCACACUUGGCAAAUCAAACAUUUUAGACCCUUUGUGCCGUGACAUGGGGGCACAGGGGCACACAUGACGAGCAGCUCGCCGAGGCUCACACACACACACACACACACACACACACACAUCGUCAGUGCAGGACACACUUUGAAUUCUUCACAUCUCAAAAGGCCUCUCAGGAAGAACUAUCCAUGACUAUUAAACACUAAAUGGAAAAACAAACUUUUCUUGACUUGUUUGUAUCUCUGAUGUUACAUGUUCACACA